GGCCGCCCGGCCCCCGAUAUAAGGAAGGAGCCCUGGGCCCCGCCGUGGCGUCGCGAAGGAGUGUGCGGGGACCGUAACGGACUGGGAGGAGUGAAGAAGACUUGCCAGACAAGAUCCAAAACCAGUGAGACCUUCACUUUUCUAAUCUGAUUCUGAAACUGAGGAGAGGACUCCAAAUCAGAGCUCUUGAGCUACUUGGUGCAGGAGUUUGAAGAUGCAGCAAGCCUGAUCCUGAGGACAGAAUACUCUCCUUAAAGAAGUCAGACAAUCUGAAAGAGUGGCCAUGUCUAUUAUGGAUCACAGCCCCACCACUGGAGUGGUGACUGUUAUUGUUAUUUUGAUUGCUAUUGCGGCUCUUGGUGCCUUGAUACUGGGCUGCUGGUGUUACCUGCGUCUGCAGAGGAUCAGCCAGUCUGAAGAUGAGGAGAGCAUUGUGGGUGAAGGAGAAACAAAAGAGCCAUUCCUUCUGGUGCAGUACUCUGCUAAAGGACCCUGUGUAGAGAGGAAAACUAAGCUAACUCCGAAUGGCACCGAAGUACACAGCUAACCUGGAACAACACCUGUGUAUGAACUUCACUUGUGAUGUGUGUAACCCACAGAUGAAUCUCAAUACUGUGAAGACCCUGGUUACUACUCAUCAGAAAACACUGGUGAGGAUUAAGCUUUCUUUGCAACUGCAUGCACUGAGAAGUUGCACUUUGCACCUAAUUCCUCUUGGACAGGAACUGACUCACCUGGUGCAAUGUCCAUUGCCGGCAAUGGACACAGGGAUAUACUGGUGUGAAGAGACUACUAGCAUUAUUUGUGACUUGAAUGUUUAGCUGAGCCUAUUUUGAUGGAUCUACUACUGUAAUGUGAACUAUUUCACAGCUUUGAACUGUAAAUAGGCUGCCAAAAGCUUUUUGCUCUGUGUUCCCCAGCAUAUAGGAAAAACAUGAUGCAACUGUAUGUAACAUGCAAGUGUACUCCUGAAUCACAAGAUGGGAUUCCAGACUUCCAAAACCAAAUCUGCAAUUAAAGCUUGUUUCUGCUGCUAACGUGAGUGGGCAGCCAUAAAGUCAGACUCCUACUCUUUUAAGUUUCUUGGGAGUGAUGCAAUUAUGUUCUUCAUAAAGAAAGUACAAGCUUUCAAUAACAUGUUGAGGGAGGAAACACAGGAGCUAGAAGAAAUGAAGCAAUUUUCUUUAGUUGCAGUUAGGAUAAGGUUUUGGCUGCUAGAACUGAGUUCUCUAUGUAGCUACUGCAAGGAAACUGCCGUAUUGAUGGAUUACAACCUGGGAAUUAAUGAUGGAUACUGAACCCUAAGGGAUAGUCCAGAAAGUUUCCAGGAGUUUGAAAUGGCAGUAGAGCAGGCUCUUUUCUUCUGUAGGUCUGCAUGCUGAAACUGCAGAAGUGUUACUUAUUAAAACUGGCUGAAGUGCAACUAUUAUGAAUUUUUCCUACAACCCCUGUUUGUAGUACUUAGCAACUUAGUUUGUGUACUUAGCAAUUAGGGUAUAUGUUAACAGCCUGCUGUAAAAAAGGCAUUUUAGUCAUCAGAUAGUCAACUACAGAAUUCAGUUAACGAGUCUUGUAGAUAACUCUUGGUUUAACUGUGCUAGUACAAGUUUGUCUUUCCUACAAAAUCAGAUGUUGAUAUGGAGAAGGGAGAUGACUGGUCAGUUUUUAAGUUUUCAGAUAGCAAUGGGAAAGUCCUUAAAAGGACAUCCUUUCCACGUCCUGCUCUGUGCUACACUUCAGCUAUAGGAACUGUAAAAGAUGUGUUAAAUGGGGAGCUCUGGGCCUUAAGGGGUUGGGAUGGGGAGAGGGAGCAGGAAAGGAAAAAGAAACAGCACUGAGUCACCAAGAGAAGCUUACAUAUUCUAACUCUUAAGAUAGGUACAUAUGCCUUGAGGCCAUUGACCCAUUUCAUACAACUUAAUACACAGCAUCCUUUGCCUUCUGAAAUUUUUAAGCACUUAAAUUGCCUAGGAGGAAAAAAGCUACUGUAAAUCUGCUUCCUGAGAUAAAUUACAAAUAAUGAAGUCCAAAUUCUUCAGCUUUAUAGGAAGCAUUAGACUUGCUUCUUGUUCCUGUACACACACCAUAACUAAGUAAUAUAGGCCUAGCAUGCUAGCUUGAAAAUUUUAACUACAUGCAAGACAACAAUGGCCUGGAGAAGAAGCCUUGUCCCUUUCUUCUACACAAAGAUGUUAACCUGCAAUUUUAGUGCUACAUUUGCCUUUUCAUUGGAGGCUAUAAUUUGAAGCUAAAUUAAUGGGAAAAGCUCUUGCUGUUUCCUCCUGAGUACAAUAUGAGGUUCAGCUGAUAGAGGGCUGUUCUUAAUCUGGGACAUGCUUUUUUAAAGAUACUAGCAUAGGUAGACCCCUACACUUUAAAUGCUGUAUUCUAGACCACUUACAAAUCAAGAAGGAAAAGAAUAAUUCAGUUAAGACUCUUUAGUUUUCAGCAGAAAACAGUUCACACAUGGCUCUUACAGGUUUCAAGACA